CAUGUGUCUAUCAUCAUGAUGGAGAUGUUUGUGGUCUGAAUCUGAUGACAUUAAAAAGGCUAUUUUUUCCAUCUUCAGGGCGUUGGUCGUUGUUGGAUCACACACCGCAAGUGUUUGCCUUUUUGAAGCAUUUUCUCUUUUCUUUAUUCGCUUUCGAGAGUCAGACAGUCGGCGGGAUAUGGCGGUUACAAAAUCUUCUUCCGACACUGAAAGCAAACCAGCUCCGCUUCUUAUUUCUUGAAGUACCAUCUUGUGUAUCAAUCUUCAUGAUCAUCGAUAAGGAUAACUUGAUUAGAUUGUAGUAAAUUCCCAAGCAAAGGCAAAAUGGAUUUCUUCAACGAGAUAGAUGACGACCAGGAUAUCUUCGACGCCGACGGCCUUUUCGACGAUGACAAGCCCAACACUACGGUCGACGAGGAGCAAGCCAUCCUUGAAGAUCGGUAUGAGCCUUCGAAGGAGGCCACGCUGCUCCUGGUCGACGCGGACCUGGAGUUUGACAAUAUGCUUCACGAAGAGGUGUUUUGCUCCCUCGAAAGUUUCGUCCGCCACAAAAUUAUCGCCAGUAAGGAUGACCGCAUCGCGAUUGUGAAAUACAACACGAAGAACGCGAAGAACUACAGCAAUUUCCCGGGAAUCCUCACACUGCACGACUUCGAGGAGCCGGGCACGGAGCUGGUGAAGCAGAUCCGCGACGACAAGUACACGCGGUAUGGGCGAUUGGAGCGGGGUGGGCGCACGUCCGGCGCGGUCAUGGCCGAGGUGUUCUGGAACGCAUCACAGAUGUUCAAGUUGCAAAUCGGGGAAACGCUGACGUUCAAGCGUCGUGUGAUGGUCUUCAGUGGCAACGACGAUCCGCUGGGUCAGCGGGGCGAGACGGACGCCGCUCGGCUCCGCGACCUGCAGACCACACUGGACAUCACAUUGACGCGGGUCAGCGACUGCCAGGACCUGGGGCUCGAAAUCGAGUUUUACCCGGUGGUGCGCGCCAAUAGGCCUUUUUCGCUGGACUUGUUCUGGAACAAGGUGAUAUCGCCGGAAAACAUCGAUGAGGCAGACGAACUCGCGCUGGCGCGGAUAGAUACCAGCCCAAACGCGGCGAAAAGUAGCAACAUGGACAUUGUGACUGCGGAGAGUGAGGAUGGUAUAAGUAGGUGAAUUUCAACAUGCUUCAAUAUCCGAAAGCGCGACUGUUAAAACUGUUACUGUGUUUCCAGAACUUUUCUUCAUGACGUACACCUACAGCAUCAUGCUUGUCCCAAACCUACACACAACAGGUCAGCGCAACUUCCGGAGCCUCGAGUCGCGCAUCCGCAAGCGGUUGUUCAAGAAGCGGGCGUUGACACGGACGAUCUUGUACCUGAAACGGGAUCCGGACGUGGCGCUGGGCGUUUCUGUGUACAUUAACAUCCUGGAAGCGAAGCUCCCUCCUCCCGUUUGGCUUCACGCGGUGGACAACGGCCGCGUCAUCGCCGAGCAGAAGCUCGUGGAGCGCAUUGACUACUUGAAGACCGACAUGAACGACGACGGGAUGAGCGCGCCCUUCACGGUCGGCUCCGUUACCAAAGACAUGGCCGGGCAAACCAACUUCCCGAUCGUCGGGACGGGCGGCAGCUCGAGCUCCUCUUCGAAAGUAGACCCGAAUGCUAGCAGCCUCGUCCACCAGCAGUCACCAGGAGGAAAAUUGAACCUAACAGGGGAUCACCAACCCGUAACCCACCACGUGCGGGACGCGGAGCUCGCUUCGUAUGUGGAGUUCGCGGGUGAGAAAAUUCCCUUCACCGACGAGGAGAUCAAGAAGCUGCGGAAUUUCGGCGAGGAACCCUGUAUGGAGCUGAUCGGGUUUUUGGACAGGAAAGAGUUGAAGCCGUACCACCACUACACCCACUCCUACCUCGUUUAUCCCAACGAGAAGCGGAUUAUUGGAAGCACCGCACUCUUCAAGUCGUUGCUCACGUCGCUGCGCAAGCGCAACGUGAUGAUGCUGGUCUGGUUUCGGGCCCGGGCGAACGCCGAGCCGCGGUUGUCUGCAUUGAUAGCUUCGGAGGAUCAGGACGUUUUCAACCUGAUUCCACUCCCGCACAAGGAGGACUACCGUAAGGAGACGGCAGUGCCGGUGUUAGAUACGAAGCGCGAACCGGAAUUAGACGCUCCCAACACGUGCAUGGCGAUGCGGCAUUUGCUGAACCGCAUUUGCCUGGACUCCUUCCACACGGCGGACGUGGCAAAUGUAUCCAUCCAGAAGCACUACGCGGCGUUGCAGGCACUCGCGCUCGGCGAGGCAGAGGUCGAGCCAGUGGUCGACGAGCUGCGACCCGAUCCCGACUGUUUUGCGGACGCGGGAAUGCUGAUGCUACUCGACACGCUGGAGAAAAGCAAACCCGCCGCGGAACUGCUGGCCAUUUGCGACCAGCCCGCGCCUGUUGCUGCUUCGAAGGCAGCGAAAGCGAGCAGCGGUGCGGGCAGCAAGCGCCAAAAGCUCGACUCGGGGACGGCCGCAGCGUCUCCAGCGGAGCCGGUGAUUACUGCGGAGCAAAUGGCCCGGGCCGUGCAGCAAAACCAGCUAGAGUUUAUGAAAGUCACGUUCCUGAAGCAAUUUCUCAAGUCAGUAGGCCUUCGGGUGGACGGGAAGAAGACCGAUCUCAUCCAAAAGAUAAAAACGUACCACGGAGUCAAACACGAAUGA